CAAUUUUAGAUAAAAUUAUAAAAGCUUUAAUUAAAAAUAAAAUAAUGCCUGUUCUAACAGACGGAAGAGAAGCUACGGAUCACAAAGCAUGUGGAAGUAGUAAAACUAAUAGGCAAAGCAAGCAAUCAACAAUUAAUGCUCUUUUUAAAAAAAGUGUGAAGAAAACUAAACGAUCUAUUUCUCCUAGCAAAGAAGAGAACGAAAAUAAAAAAAAAAGAACUGAUGGUGAUAUUAAAGAAAAAAAUACAAGUUUCUUAACAAAUUCAGAAAAGCCUGGAGUGAAGGCUGUAGAAAAAUGCAAAGAAUGUCGACAACUAUUAAAUAGCAAUGAUAUAAAGUUGUUUCAAGGCGACCACAGUGAUGCUUUGGAAGAAUUUGCAAUGUUGGUUGAUCCAAGAUUAUCGUUGUUGUCUGGAAAUGAGCAAGAUUUUGAUGCAUACGAAGACAGACCUCAACACAAAGUUACAGAGUUCAGUGUUUAUGACAAGUGUGGCCAUCUUUGUGCUUUUGACACUGGUUUAAUUGAGAAAAAUGUUGAGCUCUUUUUCAGCGGUUAUGUAAAGCCAAUUUUUGAUGAGAAUCCUGAUAUAGAGGGGGGCAUUUCCACUAAAGCUAUGGGGCCAAUCAACGAGUGGUGGAUUGCAGGUUUUGAUGGUGGAGAAAAUGCUUUGAUUGGUUUUGGAACUGCAUUUGCUGAAUACAUCUUAAUGAGGCCAUCAGACGAUUAUGCUUCGUUUAUGAAUGCAGUUACUGAAAAAAUUUAUAUGAGUAAGAUAGUAAUAGAGUUUCUUCUUAACAACCCUGAUUCAGAGUAUGAAGAACUUCUUAAUAAACUUGAGACAACUGUGCCACCUGAGAAUUGCGCAAAAUUUACAGAGGACACUCUGUUGCAACAUGCACAGUUUCUUGUUGAGCAAGUUGAAAGUUAUGAUUCAGCUGCAUUAGAUGAAGAAGAUUCUCCGCGUUUGAUUACAUCUUGUUGUAUGAGAGAUCUUAUAAAGUUGGCUGGUGUAACAUUGGGGAAAAGACGACAAAUGCGUGGGUUAAAAGUUAAGGAAGAAAAGAAAACUCUUGGUCCAACUCUAGCAACAACAACACCACUAGUACGGCAUGUUUUUGAUACGUUCUUCAAAAACCAAAUUGAUUUAAAGGGUGUAACUACACAACGUAGGAAGCGCUGUGGAGUCUGUGAGAUUUGUCAGCAACCAGAUUGUGGAGUUUGUCGCUCUUGUAAAGACAUGGUUAAAUUUGGAGGAAGUGGCAGAUCAAAACAAUGUUGUAUAAAUAGAAGAUGUCCUAAUUUGGCAGUUCAAGAAGCUGAAGAGGAUGCAUUGUGUUCACAAGACGAAGAUGAACCAAUGCUGAAAUCACCAAGUAAAACAGAUUUAUCUCCUCGACACCAUCGAAAAGGUCAAGAAAAAAAGAGUUUUGUAAAGUGGGCAUGCGAAGACUUUGUUGAAAGAAAAGGAAAAAAGUUGUAUAAAUCUGUACAAAUUAACAAUGAAUUAAUUAAUAUUGGUGAAUUUGUGCAAGUGUACCCUACUGAUCCCUCUGAUCCAUUGUAUAUAUGUCGUGUGAUGUACAUGUGGGAAGACCUGAAUGGGGAUAAAAAGUUUCAUGCUCAAUGGUUAUACCGCUCAUCUGAAACUGUCCUUGGCGAAGUUGGUGAUCCAAGUGAAGUUUUUCUAUCAGACGAUUGUGAUGAUAUCAAACUUGGAGCAAUUAUGUCCAAAUGUAAUGUCAGUUCAAAGUUUGCCAGUGAAAACUGGUUCAUGGAGGGGGGAAAAGAGGAUUGUAUUAUUUCAGAAGAAAACAAUGAACUUUUCUACCAGAAAUGGUAUGAUUAUGAAGAUGGACUUUUUACAGACCCCCCUACAGAGUUUCUUCUUUCAAAAUUUGAUGAAAAAUAUUGUCCUAGUUGUGAAAGGACUAAAACAAAAUUAAAGUAUAAGCAGCCAACUCUUGGUGAUGAAUUAGAAACAGAGAAUUCAACCAAAUCAGAACAUUGUUUUAAAACUGUAACUUGGCAAGGUGUAUGUUAUAGCUUAGGUGAUUGUGUGUACUUAGAUCCAGAUGCAUUUACUUUCAAAAUAAAGCAAAAAUCUGAGCUUCCGAAAAACAAAAGUGUGGUAAAGGAUGAGGAUGAAUACCCUGAGCUAUAUCGCAAAUCUAAUGAUUAUAUCAAGGGUAGUAACAUCAAUAUUGUAGAACCUUUCAGAAUAGGUAAAAUUAUUAGUAUAAUUAAAAAAACAGACAAUUAUGGAGGCAUGAAAUCUAUAAUGCUAAAAGUUCGAAAAUUUUACAGACCAGAAAAUACACACAAAGGAAUGAGUGGGACAAUGAAUUGUGAUCUAAAUAUGGUUUACUGGAGUAAUGAAGAAGCUACUGUUGAUUUUCAGAUGGUUGAAGGAAAAUGCUAUGUACUUUUUGCUGAUGAUGCUGAUAUGGACAUGUUUAAGUUUACUGAAGCUGGACCUGAUCGCUUUUAUUUUAGAGAAGCUUAUGAUGCUGAUAAAAAAGAGUUUGAUGUUCCUCCUAGAGAAGCAUGGAAUUCCAAUAAAGGAAAAGGAAAAGGAAAGUCUAAAUCAACAAAGCAACAGAACGGACUUGAAUCAAAUUUUCCUGCUUAUGAGAAAGUUGAGAAAUUAAGAACUUUAGAUAUAUUUGCCGGUUGUGGAGGCUUAUCAGAAGGUCUUGAUCAGGUGGGUGUGGUCAACAGUUGUUGGGCUAUUGAAUUUGAACCUUCAGCUGCACAAGCUUACAGAUUGAAUAAUCCUAGUGCAAUAGUUUUUAACCAAGACUGUAACAAUGUUCUUAAGCAAAUCAUGGAGGGUAAAGAAAAAGAUGACUUAGGUCAGCGUCUACCCCGCCGAGGGGAAGUUGAUUUAUUGUGUGGUGGUCCGCCUUGUCAAGGAUUCAGUGGAAUGAAUAGGUUCAAUCAAAGAGAAUAUUCUAUGUUUAAGAAUUCGCUGGUGACGUCUUACCUUAGCUAUUGCGACUACUUUCGUCCAAAAUUUUUUAUUUUGGAAAAUGUGAGAAAUUUUGUUUCAUUUAAAAAAAGCAUGGUACUAAAACUGACACUAAGUUGUUUGGUAAAAAUGGGUUACCAAUGUGAGUUCGGGGUGUUACAAGCUGGUUCUUAUGGCGUUCCUCAAACCAGAAGAAGAGCAAUAAUAAUAGCAGCCGCCCCCGGUGAAAUACUUCCAAAAUUUCCUGAGCCACAACACGUAUUUGCAUCAAAGGCACUUUCUUUGUCUGUUACUAUAAACAGUCACAAGUAUCAAGCACUGAAACGACUACAUUCUGCCCCAUAUCGAACUACUACAGUAUAUGAUGCUAUGAGUGAUCUUCCGGAAAUUAAAAACGGUGCAAAUAAAAUGGAAAUCGGUUACGACACAGAACCUUUGACUCAUUUUCAAAAAAAGAUACGUGGUAAACAUAUGCAAGUUCUUCGUGAUCACAUAUGUAAAGAUAUGAGCCCUUUAGUAGAAGCGCGUAUGAGUUACAUACCUUGUAUACCAGGAUCUGAUUGGAGAGAUUUACCUAAUAAGGUUGUUAAACUUAGAGACGGAAACACGACGAAAUUGCUUUUGUAUCUUCAUAAAGACAAGAAGCAAGGUCCUGGUAAAAACGGAGAGAAUCGAGGUGUUUGCGCGUGCGCCAACGGCAAACCAUGUGACCCAUCUGAUCGUCAGUUCAAUACAUUGAUACCAUGGUGUUUACCUCAUACUGGUAACAGGCAUAAUAAUUGGGCUGGUUUAUAUGGACGUUUAGAAUGGGAUGGUUUUUUUAGUACAACAGUUACCAAUCCAGAGCCUAUGGGAAAACAAGGUCGUGUACUUCAUCCUGAGCAACAUCGUGUUGUUAGUGUACGUGAAUGUUCCCGUUCACAAGGUUUUCCAGAUUCGUUUCGUUUUUAUGGCAAUAUAUUAGAUAAGCAUAGACAGAUCGGAAACGCAGUAGCACCUCCUAUGUCUGCUGCCAUUGGCCAAGAAAUAAGAAAAUCUAUUAUUGCUAAGAAAUUACGUAACGAACAGCUUCAAAGUAUUAAGGAAGAAAAUAACCAUAUUGCUACUUUUUAAAAGUUUUAGAAACGCGAAGUACCCAAAGUGAAUACUUGAUGUUGAGAAUUAAAAAAGAAUAAUUUAAAUAAUUCUAAGAGGUCUAGGAAAAUUACUCGAAAAAAUAAAAAAUUCGUUUUUUAAAGUUGCAUUUAAAAAUGUGCAUUUGUUUUGGCUAACUUUGAUUGGGUAGCUUAUGUCAGAUUUUCGGAACAAAUCUUUGUCUUCAUAACGUGGUAUUAAAAGCUAAAACUCUACCAUUAAUGAAACCUAAAUACAUAAAAACCUUUUGUAAAUAUUGAUGCUAUUUCGAUUAAAAUUUUUAAAAUCUUUUA